AUGUCAAAGGGUGACAAAUUGACUAAGGAACAAUGCCCUCAAAAUGAGAUUGAAAGAGAGAAUAUGAAGACUAAGCCUUAUGCACAGCUUGUAGGUAGUUUGAUGUAUGCACAAGUGUGCACUAGACCUGACCUAGCCUAUGCAGUAGGCAUUUUGUCAAGAUUUCAGUCCAAUCCAGGCCCUGAGCAUUGGAUAGCAGGCAAGAAGAUUUUGAGGUACCUUCAGAGAACAAAAGACCAUCUGUUAGUGUAUAGAAGAGUCAAGGAACUUGAGGUUGUAGGCUACUGUGAUCCAGAUUUUUCCAGUCACUUUCCUUCCUCCAAAAAGUCUACCUCAGGUUAUGUUUUCACACUUGCAGGAGGAGCCAUUGCUUGGAGAAGUGUCAAGCAAACCUUGAUUGUCACUUCUACAAUGCAGGCUGAUUUUAUAGCUAUUUAUGAGGCUGUUUGUGAAGGACUUUGGUUGAAAAAAAUUCUGGUUCAAACCAAGGCAGUUGAUAGCAUUGUUUCAAAACCUUUGAAAUUUUACUGCGACAAUUCAGUUGUAUUGUUCUUUACCAGGAACAAUAAGAGGUCUACUAACUCCAAACACAUAGACUUUAAAUAUUACAGUGUGAAAGAAAGAGUCAAGCAUAGGGAAAUUGAAGUUUUGAAGGUUGGUACUGAUUUUCAGUUGGCUGAUCCCUUUACAAAGGCCAUGAUAGUGGCUGCUUUCAAGCAACAUGCUACUGAAAUUGGCAUUUUGUCAAACUUGGAUGCUUGA